AUGGACUCGUUUCUCAUCAGGAAGAAGCGGAAGCUCAGUCAGGAGGAGAAGCUGACGGACGAUGAUGAGCCAACGGAAGUGAAAUUGGCCAUUCUCUCUUCUCUUCAUCCGACUUUGGAGCAAGAGGUGCUGUUGGACGUCCUCUUGGCACAUAAUGGCUCCGUCGCGGAAUCGCUUGAGGCACUCGAGGCGCCAAUCCCGGCCAAAAAGUCGAAUGGGGUUACUGGUGCCCAGAGUUCCCUUCGGCACUUUGCCGUGAAGUCUGAAGACAGCGGCAACGGUCCUGCCACGCAACCGAAGAAGAAACUCAUGUCCAAGAAGGGGGCCACGCUGCACCUGUACGAUCCGGUGGACAUUGCCGAACACACGCCAUGCACCGUCGUUCACAACUUCCUCCCGCCAGAGGAAGCCAACGACCUCUUGCGAGAACUUAUGACGGAAGCAAAGUCUUUUGAGAAGAACGUUACGUUUAAACUAUUCGACAAUGUCGUGGCCAGCCCGCAUACAUCGAGCUUCUACGUCGAGAGCUACGACGAGAUACAAACGCAGAAGACGGACUAUCUCUACAACGGCGCCAAGCUGAGUGACAUCCGCCGCAUCACGCCGCAGCUCGUCAAGGUCAAGCCCAAGGUCGCAGAGGCUGUGAACCAAGAGAUCCAGACAAGGAUGGCGACGCGCUACCCCGGGGGCAAGAAGCUGCGGUACCAAUCUCCGAAGCCGUGGGCUCCCAACAUGGCCUUUGUCAACUGCUACGACGGGCCGCAGGAGAACGUCGGGUGGCACAGCGACCAGCUGACCUAUCUCGGCCCCCGCGCCGUCAUCGGAUCGGUGUCGUUGGGCGUCGCGCGCGAGUUCCGCGUGCGGCGGAUCAUCCCCAAGGACGGCGGCGGUGGCGAGAACGGAACCAAUGCGACGACGGCGGCGGCCGAGGACGCCGAUGCAGAGGGCCAGAUAUCGAUCCACCUCCCGCACAACUCCCUCCUCGUGAUGCACGCCGAGAUGCAGGAGGAGUGGAAGCACAGCAUCGCGCCGGCGCAGGCCAUCGACCCGCACCCCGUCGCCGGCAACAAGCGCAUCAACAUCACCUACCGCGAUUACAGGGCUGACAUGCACCCGCGCCACACGCCCAAGUGCGAUUGCGGGAUUCCGUGCGUGUUGAGGGUCGUGCAGAGGAAGAAGGAGAACCAUGGGAGGUACUUUUGGAUGUGUCACGGGGGCAAUGUGCCCGGCAAGGACAGUUGCUCCUUUUUCCAAUGGGCCCGGUUUGACGACGAUGGCAUUCCUAUAUGGACUCAUACGAAUCGAAAACUCAACACUUGA